AAAUUACGGUGUAUGCUGACAUUUCGACCAUUUUAUAUAGUUUGAUAUGGGGACGACUGUAGUUAUAAGUGUCCUGUGCCUGAGUUUUGUUUUAAACGUUCAUUCUUUGGAGGAAAACAUCAACAAAGGUUCGACAUGGUAUAAAGGCUGCACAAGCAGGAUUGGUGAAACUGUCAUUGCCAUAGAGACUGUAAACAUUACCAAUGUGUAUGACUGUGUGAAGUGGUGUUCUGACAAAGGAUUCCAGACAGUGUUUAUUCAAGAGGUGUCUGCAUUACGCUGUGCAUGCGGUAACCUUGGUGAGGAAUUCAAUCUUAGCAACCAGGCACAACCCCCAUGCUGCAGAAAUCAAGGACACUUACAUGUGGGCGGGGUGGAUGACUGCUGGGCAGUUUACAACCACCUGGGACCCUACCUGACCUCCGUUACCCUAGCAACUGAUAGCCAUGUGGUCCCUGUCAACAAAUCUGUUGCCAUAGAGAUUCAGAUCUCCAGAGCUGCCAGAUGCAAUGUUUCAAUAGAUGACACUAAACUGGGUCACGAGGUCAAGGUCAGACGGAUGGUUACCGGGGACAACAGCAGUUACCAUGACACCCUGAUGAUGCGUGAUGCACUGGAAAUCCUUGCAAGACCCAAGUACACCUUCAAUCAUGUUGGGAUGUACACUGUAGCUGUGGAAGUAACCAAUGGCAUCAAUACGCUGUCAACAACCCUUGACCUUCAAGUUGACCUUCCGUUUCCACAUGACCUUCAGAUUGGCAUUGCUGACGAUGCGGCUGACUACAAUCGACCAACGUGUGUCCCAGAUUUGUUCCAGUCUGGUCAGGUCGAUGGUCAAUCCCUGGCCGUGUUUUCAGACACCUCUUUUAUGCUGGAGGCUUCAGUUGCCAUGGGUGAUAACUUGACCUUUAACUUUUUGAUGGAUGACGUGGAAACAAGAGUGGUUUCCCCUUGUGAAGAGUGCCACAGUGUUGUAGAGGAAUACAUAGUUCAGGAACCUGGGAUACACAGGGUGAAGGUUGCAGUUUCAAACAUCUAUGGAACAAUGGAGAAAAACAUUACACUGAUUGUAAUAAAACAGUUGCUAAGCAACCUGACGAUUGACCUUGACCCAAGUUCAAAGCCCAUUGUAAAGAUUGGCGAGCCGGUGUACUUCAUCGUAUCCAUGGUUACCACAUCCAGAACCAACCGGUUCUUGCAAGUGACAUAUGGUGACGGACACAGCAGCAAGGUUUCACUUAAAGACACCACUACUCCAAGACUAGUCAUAGAAGGUAGCGACCAGGAAAUGGACAUAAUCGCUAGUUACGGGGAUAGUUGUACACUGAGCUUAAAAUUUUACUAUAUCUAUCACAAUGAAGGCCAUUUUGAAGUGAAUGUGUCAGUUUUUGAUGGUGCUGAUGUGAAUUCUAAGAAAAAAUGCUAUGGGCUUAAAGAUUUAGAAAAGUCUUCUGCUUUAGAAAACUUGAAUACAGAUGGACAGAAUGCUGCUAACAGCUCUCCCUGUUCAAAGAAAAUUGACAACGCUGAUGUUAAAUUGCAGGACAAAAAUGUUAUUGAAGGCAUGCAGUCUGAUGUUGAUUACAAGCUGGAAGCUCGUUUUGAGAGAAAAAUUCUUGUAUUAAAUGAAAUAGCUGGAGUGAAACUUCGAGGGCAAAGGCUGAGUAUCUGUGGGGCUGAGGUGCAAUUCCAGGUACAGAUGAACUCAAAACUCAACGUUUCUGUUCACUGGAGUAUUUACAAGAUGAAAUCUGAAGAUCCAGACAGUUAUCAUGAGGUUGAGGCAGAUCUUAGCAACAAUGUGGAUGGUGAAGAUCUAGAAAUUAUUGAAGAUUUCCUCACCACUGCAACAGACCUGUUUUAUCGAAUUCAGAAUGAAGGCUCUUAUCUUGUGCAUGUGACAGCUAGCAAUACGUUGAGUGAAGCAGAAGCAGUCACAAAUGUUGAGGUACAGUGUCCAAUAGAAGGACUGAAGGCUGUUUGUUCUAGCCAUUAUUUAAUGACUGAUGAAGCAAUCCAAUGUGCUGCCAAGGUUCUUGCUGGAUCAGAUGUAGUGUUCAGAUGGAUGGUGGAAUUAGCCAAUGACAAGUUUGCAAACAUAGAAGGCGACCGUCUAUCAUUCGUCUUUAACCACUCCUGGAUUUACAGCUUCAUUGCGAUCGCAAUGAACAACGUGAGUCGUCAGUCAUACGAGAUCGUUAACGUGUAUGUGCAGGAUGAGAUAACGAGCAGAGAUGUUCAUGUCCUCAAAAUGCCCCAUACCCUUCUAGGCAACGAGACAGCUCUUGCUGUAGUCUACCAGCCAGCAUUUGUUGGCGUAAAUUUUAACGAGCUUCAUUUUGAGCUUGACUUUGGAAAUGGACGGGUUUCACCAGCAAUUGUUGAGGAAGAUCCGAGGUGCUAUGUACAGGUUAGGUACAAGUUCUCCACCCCAGGGGUUCAUCAGGUGCUGGUGUAUGUCUAUAACCAGGUAUCCGAGUACGUGGAAAACGUGACUGUCUGGGUCCAUAGCGACCUGCAGUCCAUAACCAUGGAAACCAGGCAGGUGGUGGUCGCUGGGAGUCCUACCAGAUUUUAUAUACUCAGAAACGGUACUACCAUGGAAACCGGGGAUGUAUAUUUUACUUGGAAGUUUUCACUGGGAGGCCCAAGUCAGUACAGCAAUGCCCCAAUAGCAGAAUUCACUUUUCCUCAUCCUGGAUCUUACACUGUCUGGCUGAAUGGUUCUAAUCCAGUAUCCCAAGUACAUCGUGAACUGACCUUGAAUGUUCUACCAAGGUCAGAGACAGAUGUUCAUCUUCAACACAACCUCUUUGUGACACCAGGUCACGUGGUGACUUUCACCUUGUACUGUGGAUCACAGGUGUUGGACACAACGGUCCUGUACAACCAUUUUUGGAUCGAUGAAACAACCAGCAUGAAUUUCUUUGCAUGCCAAUUCAACGAGUGUGAACCUGAAUGGUAA